CUCCUUAACAUAUACUUUCUAAACGUGUUUUCUUGUAUAAUUUUUAGACAAAUAGAGCUUUUUUAUUUUAUUUUAUUGAUUAAUAAUAGCAGAACAUGUCCUUCAUUCAAUUCAAAGUCUAACGUGACCAGCCCAUAGUUACCUUGAGCUUGUUGUUGGCUGUUAAUUUGUUGAGAGAGAGCAAUCAAAAACAUUCAUGGCGUCUUCCAAGGAGAGAGAAGAAAACACCAAUUAACCACCACCUGAUAGGCUGAUACAAUACAAUCUCCUUUCCUUUUUCGACAACAAGAAUGGCUGCGAAAUCUAGUUCGAGUUCGACAACAACAAACGUGGUGACUCUGAAGGCGGCGUGGGUUCUCCCGCAGCGCACGCAGAACAUCCGUGAGGUGUACGAGGUUGGGCGGAAGCUCGGGCAGGGCCAAUUCGGGACCACCUUCGAGUGCACGCGCCGUGCGAGUGGUGGGAAGUUCGCGUGCAAGUCGAUUCCGAAGCGGAAGCUGCUGUGCAAGGAGGACUACGAGGACGUGUGGCGGGAGAUUCAGAUAAUGCACCACUUGUCGGAACACGCCAACGUUGUCCGCAUCGAAGGGACGUACGAGGAUUCCACGGCCGUGCACCUGGUCAUGGAGUUGUGCGAGGGUGGAGAGUUGUUUGACAGGAUCGUGCAGAAGGGACACUACAGCGAGAGACAGGCGGCGAGGUUGAUAAAGACGAUUGUUGAGGUUGUUGAGGCGUGUCACUCGCUAGGGGUCAUGCAUAGGGACCUUAAGCCUGAGAAUUUCUUGUUUGAUACCAUUGAUGAGGAUGCUAAGCUUAAGGCCACCGAUUUCGGCUUGUCUGUUUUUUACAAGCCUGGUGAAUCCUUUUGUGAUGUUGUCGGGAGCCCAUACUAUGUCGCACCAGAGGUCUUGCGCAAGCUCUAUGGACCUGAAUCAGAUGUUUGGAGUGCAGGGGUUAUUCUGUACAUCUUAUUAAGUGGGGUGCCACCAUUUUGGGCCGAAUCUGAACCGGGGAUCUUCCGACAGAUUUUACUAGGAAAACUUGAUUUUCAUUCUGAGCCUUGGCCUAGCAUUUCAGACAGUGCCAAGGAUCUAAUUCGGAAAAUGCUUGAUCAAAAUCCAAAAACAAGGCUUACAGCACAUGAAGUACUCCGCCACCCAUGGAUUGUUGAUGACAACAUUGCACCUGAUAAACCUCUUGAUUCUGCAGUUUUAUCACGUCUGAAACAAUUCUCUGCCAUGAAUAAAUUGAAAAAGAUGGCAUUGCGUGUUAUUGCUGAGAGGCUAUCUGAAGAAGAAAUUGGUGGACUGAAAGAGUUAUUCAAGAUGAUUGACACAGACAACAGUGGAACCAUAACGUUUGAUGAGUUAAAAGAUGGUUUGAAGCGAGUAGGAUCUGAACUUAUGGAGUCUGAAAUCAAGGAUCUUAUGGAUGCUGCGGAUAUUGAUAAAAGUGGGACAAUUGAUUAUGGUGAAUUCAUUGCUGCCACUGUCCAUUUAAAUAAGCUGGAGAGAGAGGAAAACCUAGUGUCGGCCUUCUCCUAUUUUGACAAAGAUGGCAGUGGUUACAUAACCCUUGAUGAGAUACAACAAGCUUGUAAGGACUUUGGUUUAGAUGAUAUCCAUAUUGACGACAUGAUCAAGGAAAUUGAUCAAGAUAACGAUGGGCAAAUAGAUUAUGGGGAAUUUGCUGCCAUGAUGAGAAAAGGCAAUGGAGGAAUUGGGAGGCGAACUAUGAGAAAAACACUAAAUUUAAGAGAUGCUCUUGGAUUAGUAGACAAUGGGUCCAAUCAAGUUAUUGAGGGCUACUUUAAGUAAUAAUUACUUGGAGACAAAAUUGACCAAAUAUUAAUUUAGUAAAUUUCUACGUUGUUUGUAGUUGCUUGACCAAAUUUUGCGUAUCUUUUAAAUUAUAGACCCAUCUUUCCUGGAAAGUUUUUCAUCUUGAUCUGGAUGAGGUCCAUGAAAAAAUGAAAUGGUCCAUACAACGAA